UUCGCACGACGCACAACGUACGCGACGUCGGACGUGCGUGAGAGCGAAGCUCUCGUCACGGUUUUUCGCGCGGCACUCGUUGCCAUUCAUGAUCGCGCGCGCGAUCACACACGUUUCGUUAAAAUGUGACCAGGCGAUUCUGUCAAUUUCGCGACGCUUUCACGGCGCAUCUUUCCUCACUUGCGUUGCGACCUUCGUUUCUCGCGAAAACGAAGAAGUUUUGUACUUCACGAGUCAAGUUUUGUACUUCACGAGAAACUACGUACGCUGACGGCGAAUAUAAUUUGAUUCCCGUAAGAAACUGAAGAUACUUCAUUCCAGUUUCAAAUGGAGAACCAAGGUUACGCGGAGGAAGAGCAAUCACGUACAGCAGAAAAGCAAUCCACAUUCGAGUCUUCGAGCAAUCUUCGGCAGCUUCAUGAAAACGCCAUCGAUUCUUUCAUCACAAAAACCGCGACGUAUCACGAGAAUCACGUAUACGAGGACAUUUUUACUAGCAAUACGGAAAAUCCUUCUAAAUUUUGCAAGCAAACAUCUUCCCCUGACGAGAUUCAGAACAUCUGCGAAAUUCAAGAUCGUCGAACGGCCGACUUCACCAAGCAAGCUUGGGUCAGCGAAACAUCGUCGAUCGCGUCUCCCGUGAUCGAGAAGUCUUUCCAACAGAGCUCGUUAUCCUCCUCGGCUAGAAUUAGCGCGAAUCACGACAGUUCUUCGUCGUGGAAAGUGUCCAGAACGAGCGAGGAUGACAUCGAAGAGUCCUGCAGAAAUCCUUGCGAUCUUUCAAGGGUCCUCCACGGGAACGUCGAAGAGGCACUAUCCUCGUCGCCUCGGCUAAACGAGAAUUCAUUACGAGACGCAACGAGUCUAUCCAGGCCGAAUCGCAGACGCAGGAAGAAAGAUUGCAAGCACUGCAGGAGCAAAUUGGCUGGUGCGAAUUCCAGUAAGAAACUGGACGAACUAGCUGGCAGCAAAGACGCGAUCCUUAAGGAGAACGGGAACAACAAUCGUCAGGAUAAAGAUUCAGAUCCAACGUCUAACCUCUUGUUCCGUGAUUCGAUCCUGAAGUCGCAGAACAUCAAGAUCUACCCGAUCUUGAACAGGGCGAGUCUUCGGGAUCUCGAUACUAAAAGAACCCGCUCGUUUCCCAUGUCCGAGAAUGGGCUGCGUCCAAUGGCGGAUAAUGCGACCAACCUUCUGGCGAACACCCGAAACGACAAGAUACUAGACUACAUGAUGGAAAGUAACCAGAACAAGCAGGAAAUGUCGAGGAACGGAACCGAUAUGAGAGUUAAUUCGAUUUACUCGCAGAAUCGUUGGUAUGGCAAGGAUACGCCAAUCUUUUAUACCGACCAUAAGGAUCAAAAUCCUUUUCAGAAGACCUAUUCCUUGCCGGUACGAAUGCACAGCCCGAUCUCUCAGAAUCGCGUUAAUUUACGUCGAAGCGUCAGAAACGAUCCGCCACCGCAUCCGGCGCGUCUGGACAAGCAUUGCCGUGGUUGGACGUUACACUUGGCUCGUCCCCUCAAGGCAUCUGGCUGCUCCUGCUCGCUCGUACCUCUGCUGAUUAUCAUAUUAAUCCUACUAGGAGUUGCAGGAAUCGCAUUAUACAUUGUUUUCGAGCCAGAAAAACUCCAAAUCAUUCAGCAGUAUUUGAAAUCGUCGACCGACAAGUUAACGAGACAGAACAUUACGUCCGGCGAGUCACUCACGCCCGUAAUUUCGAACAACGUGCCGAAUUUGGUAAACACGACGACCACUUUGGCGAUGAUGAAGACGAGUGCCGACGCGUUUCCGAUGAGCGCGCUUUUAAACGGCGACUCGUCACUUCCGAAGAUUUCUUUGCCGUCGACAGAUGCGGAAACGGAAGAUGCGAGUCAGAACGCGACCAGACAUUGCGACAGUUGCUUCAAAGGUGAAGUAUGCAUCGCCCUUGUUAACGAGGAAGUGCCGAUAUGCAGAAGCCCUUACGAUCCCGAAGAUCCUACCGGAUGCGCCGGUUUCUGUGCCAUCAAUAAGGAGAAAUGCCAUCGUCUCGAUGUGGACGCCUUCAGGUGCGUAAAGAUAGAACAUUACUGCCUGGAAAACGAGUGGACGUGCUCUAACACUUUAUGUAUCCCCAUGAACAAGCAUUGCGAUGGUCACAUGAACUGCUACGAUCAUUCGGACGAAUACGAUUGCAUCUGCAACUUGGAGACACAUUUUCAAUGCGGUAACGAAACUUCCUGCCUUCCGUUGGAAAGAAGAUGUGACGGAAAGAUAGAUUGCUGGGACGCAACAGACGAAAUUAAUUGCACGUUAGCUUGCCCUACGGAGAACGAAUUUACUUGUAACAACGGGGAAUGCAUAUUAAAAGUUCGCUUCUGUGAUGGUUUAGCAGAUUGUAGCGAUGAAUCGGAUGAACCUCACGGCUGCCAAGGAAAAUGCAAUAAACACGAAUUUACAUGCCAAAACGGUAGAUGUAUUACGAAAGGGAUGAAAUGUAACGGAGUGGACGACUGUGGAGAUGGCACAGACGAGAGACAUUGUAAAAAUAGAUUUAUCUAAUACAA